AUGGUGCUUGAGCGGGGGCUGGGCUUGGAGCGUCAAUCGGUAGAUUUUCGGGCGGAGGGGAUGGUUGGACUGUUGGGGCUGGUGCAAUUGGUUGCGGAGCGGGCGCCAUGGGCUGCGGAGCAGGCGCGUCCGUUGUGUUGUCACAGGGGGCAUCCGUCUGUGUUGGAGUUGGGGUGGGAGACUCUGUUGGGGUUGGAGUGGGGGCUUCGGUGGGGGCUUCAGUUGGUGUGGGUGUUGGACUCUCGGUUGGAGGUGGCGGAGGGGGGUUUGGUGGCGGAUUUGGUGGCGGGUUCGGCGGUGUGGGUGUUGGACUCUCGGUUGGAGGUGGCGGAGGGCUCUGUGUCUCUGUUGGCUGGGGUGGGGGAGAGCUCUGUGUUGUCACUGGAGGCGGGUUGUGGUGCCCUGUUGAAGAGAGGAGAUACUCUUCUUCGGCACGAACGUACACAUAAUGAUGAGAAGGCUCUCAAGUGCUCCUACUACAUGGGCUGCAACGCUGCUUUUGCGAGGCGAGACACUCUCACCUUACACGAACGGACGCAUUCGGGCAUAAAGCCAUUCGCAUGCAGCGAAGCUGGCUGCGAUGAAGCAUUUUCAAGGAGCGACGCCCUAAAGACACACGUCUUCUAUUACCACACGGAAAAAGGCCAGCAGCGUCGGAAGCGCGAGGAGGAGCGGAUUGCCAAGCUUCUCACGACGGCCGGACUCCCUUUCAAGCGCGAGCAUCAUGUGACCUUUGACUGCUUGGGGGGCUCGUUCGCGCGUAUCGACUUCAUCCUCGACCACAAAGGGAAGAUCAUUGUGAUUGAGGUUGACGAGUACCAGCACGAAGGCUACGGAGUGGCUUGCGAUGUGGCACGAAUGCUGCAGAUCUACGAGGCGUGGGCCAUCGAAGGCAACUCACUGCCCGUGCACAUCAUUCGCUACAACCCUCAUACGUUCCAGAUUGAUGGGAAGCGAGCAGCGGUCACACGCAAGAUUCGAGAGGCACGUCUGCUCGAAGCCAUCAAUGAGGCAGCAGAGAUGGAGUCAGAAGGUCUCGAUCAGCCGAGGCGCCGGUACCACGGCCGGGCAAGGAGUGGGAACCAAGUUGCACCAAGGAGGGCGUUUGUUGGAAGCGGUCAAGGUGCUAGGCGGGAGGGGCUUUCUGCAGAGCUUCGGAGAAUCAAGAAGGAAAGGGAACUUGAGGCUGAGAUGAACCCCAGUCCUGGCCCAAUUCCUGACCCAGUGAUUCCGGAUGACCCAAUGCACGUCGACCCAAUUCCUGCCCUAGAGGUCCCCAAUGACCCAAUGCAGGUCGACCCACAGGUGGCAGCCCAACCAGUUGUCUUACAACCGUCUUGGACAGCAAAGGAGCGCGCGUACGAAAGCACAACGGAUGGUCCCCAAGCGCCCCAAGAAAACCGCUAA